UUCUGCCUCAGUCUGUUAGAGUAGCAACUCUCAAAAAGUACAGCUCCUAUUAGAAGCCACUUAGCAAAAUGAGUCACUCAUUCUCCACACAAAGAACAUCUUCCUACAAGAGGGUCUUUGGAGAUGGCUCCCCUAAGUUACCUCGGACUUCUUUCGGCAGUAGGAAAGGUGGAAGCAGCACUGUCUCCUCCAGGGUUUACCAAGUCUCCAGAGCUUCUGCAUUGCCUAGUUAUUCCAGCUUCAGGGCCACCCGGAUUCCUGCUUCAAAAUCUGCAUUAGAAAGUAUGGACUUUAGCUUGGCUGAUGCCAUGAACCAAGAAUUCAUUCAGACUCGGACAAAUGAAAAGGUAGAACUUCAGGAGCUGAAUGACAGGUUUGCCAACUACAUUGAGAAGGUGAGGUUCCUUGAACAGCAGAAUGCUCUCUUAGUUGCAGAAGUAGACCGUCUGAAGGCAAAGGAGCCCACCAGAAUUGGUGAGCUUUAUGAACAACAAAUGCGAGACUUAAGAAGGGAAGUAGAAACUGUAACAAACCAGAGAGCAAGAGUAGAGGUAGAAAGGGACAAUCUAUGUGAUGAUCUCCAGAAACUCAAACAAAGAAUUCAAGAAGAAAUUCAACUGAGAGAAGAGGCUGAGAACAAUUUGGCUGAUUUUAGAGCGGAUGUUGAUGCAGCAACCCUUGCCCGCAUUGACCUUGAGAGACGGAUUGAAUCCCUGCAGGAGGAGAUAGCUUUCCUGAAGAAGGUUCAAGAAGAGGAAGUACAGGAGUUGCAAGCUUUGCUUCAGGAGCAGCAAGUUCAUGUUGAGAUGGACAUGUCCAAGCCAGACCUCACUGCUGCACUACGUGACAUCCGUGCCCAGUAUGAAAGUAUUGCUGCCAAGAACAUUGCUGAUGCUGAAGAAUGGUACAAGACUAAGGUGACUGAUUUAUCCCAGGCUGCUACAAAGAACACUGAUGCUCUCCGACAGGCUAAGCAAGAUAUGAUGGAGUACAAACAUCAAAUUCAGACUUACUCUUGUGAGAUUGAGGCACAGAAAGGAACUAAUGAAUCACUGCUGCGACAGAUACGCAACAUGGAGGAACGUUUUGCUACUGAGGCUGCAGGUUACCAGGAUACAAUUGCUCGACUUGAAGAUGAUAUUCGCAUGCUGAAGGAUGAGAUGGCAAGACACCUGCGAGAAUAUCAAGAUCUUCUAAAUGUAAAGAUGGCCUUAGAUAUGGAAAUAGCCACUUAUAGGAAACUCCUUGAAGGAGAAGAAAGCAGAAUUUCUUUACCAGCUCAGUUUUCAUCACUGAGCUUCAGAGAGACAAGCCCAGAGCAACAACGUACUGGUGAGGUCCAUUCCAAGAAGACAGUUGUGAUUCGUACUGUAGAAAUGAAGGAUGGAGAGGUUAUCCAUGAAAGUACAGAAAAACAAGAAGGAAUUUAAAAAAAGAAGAAAUGGGUAGAUAAAACAGAAGCACUACCAACAACACAAUGCCUUCCAUUUUUCAGAUUUACCCCAGCAGUCCUUUUGCCUUUAAUUAACCUUCAUCAGAUUACAACAGAACUAGACAUAACUACCAGAAGCAUAAAGAUUGCAUCCAUGUCAUUUUUAUCUAUACAAGUGAUAGCAUUGCUUUUUUCUCACUAAGCUAUCCAAGCAUCUCUGUAAUCUCAGUGGGUAAUGCUUAAUUUUGAAUGUAACUAUUUUUCUGCCAAUAUUUGCAAUGUUCUGUAUCUUCAUUUGCUGUCAUUAUUUAUGUGCUGGCACACUGCACUAUAAUGGAUUAUUUCAAAUCUUGUAUAGUUACAGCUGGAAAUCAAUAAUGACAUUUUUGUUCAAGAUGAAAUCCUGUUAAGAUUCCUUGCCUGAAUAACAUUUUUUUCAGUAUUAUUUGUAAGAACAAUUAACUUCUCCAGACUAUUUUCAUGUAUUAAACAACAUAUUGGUGGAUAAGGAUAACACCAGUCCUUUCCACUGAAGACUGUUUGUUCUUUUUAGAUCUGUCUAAAGCUUAGUAAAAUUACACAUUUUCGUUUUUGUAAAGUAUUUUAGCUGAAGUGCUCCAUUCCUUAACACAGAUACAAAAGCCUACGUUAAAGUGACCACAAGAUUACAAAAUAUGGAAUUAAACAUAUAUAUAUAUAUAUAUAUAUAUAUAUAUAUAUAUAUAUAUAUAUAUAUAUAUAUAUCACAUUUUCAGCAUUCCUUGAAGCCAUUUAUAAAAAGCUUCAAUAGCUUCUGUAAACUCAUUUCUCUGUUUGAUGUUUCUAACCAUGGUACUAAAACAUUUAUAUUUUACAAAAUCUGGUAAUCUGACUGAGGUACUGCUGCAUCAUUUCACUUUACACUCCGUAUAGCUUCAAAAAUGACCAUUUUAUGUAUUACUGUUUUGUAAGUUUAGAGAACCUUUAUUUUCUAUUAGGUCUGCAGAUGAACAGAAAAUAGUAUAUUGUAAGAUAUGUUCAGAAGGAAAUGCUGAAUGUAAGGUUGUAACAAGGGAAACAAUGGUAUAGAACCACUUCUUUUUGGACAAAAAAGAUGUGUUAAUCAUUCUUUCAAGAUCUGUGUUCCUUUCACAAUUUAUUAAACAACAAGAGCAAGCAUCACUACACACAAUAUGGGACAAGGGCCUCAGUAAGGCAAUUCAUUCUUGCUGAAGCCUUAUCCUGUUGUGUAGUAGCAUGUAACAGAGUAAUGGGAAGAAAAACAACUCUUAACCCUAUAUGUACUGACUAGUGUGACCUAUUUGAGCAUCCAAAAGAACACUCCAGAACAUUAGGUGUUUGCUACCUGUGUGCAAGUAAGGCAUGAAGUAAUGCAUUUCUAUAUUCUCAGAUGUAGAACUUCAGAGCACAUCAAAUAUAGAGCUGUUGCAAUGCUACAUUUUCUUGCUUAUUUAAAUUCUCUACUCUUCUAGAGGCAGGGAAUUUUCACAUCAUCCUCUAUCUUGGACAGAAUGCCACUUUACCAAACUGUAUAGGUCUCUGCAGACAUCUUUUCAGCUUCAGCCGUAUGCAAAGAAUGAAUAGUUCAGUUUAGCAACUGCUAUUUGUUAGUUAUAAAAAUAUAUGCUUAAUGCAUUUUUGUAAUAGCCUUUUGUAUGAUGUGCAAGGGAUCUCCUAAGGUACUCAGAGGGUUAAGAGCAUGUAGUUUUGAAUGCCUUGUGACAAGUAUUAAGUACCUUGCAUCUGUGAAAUUCAUGGCAAUAACUGGCCAUUUAGGUUGGUAAAUAAGAUUAUGACAAAAUGAAAUCUGGAUGAAACAUCAGAGAAAGAAAGAAAGAAAGAAAGGAAGAAAGAUUUCUAAGAGUGAUGUGGAAGAGUACCUUACUGCAGCAGUAUUCCGCUGCUUGGUAUACUGCAUGGUUUAGUAUUUUGUUCUGUUAACAAUGCAAAUGCCUGCAAUAUAUGUCAAUAAAGCGCAGAACCUGUUUUUUCUUGUUUACUUGCUUUAUUGUAACUAAACUUUGUAUAGUUACCCUUUACAGAAAAUUCCAAGUAAAAUGCAGAAUUAAAAUUUCCCCAUUUCAUUA